UCAUAUUAAACACAUGAUUAUAACAGAUCUCAAUCUUCAUUCUACCGUAAUACAUUUUACAAGUCAGUUUUCUAAGCAUUACCAAUUUCUCCACCAAAAACUUCACAAGAUUUUAUAGUAUACCAACCAAUGGCCUCUAUGGUCAAUAUUAUGAGUCCAAUGGUUUCUAAAAACCUCAUUACCAAUUACAAAACUUUGCGUCUCAAACCCGAUCUACCUUCUCUACAACACUCUAGGGUCAAUGCAAUCAGGAAUGGUCCAGUAAAAAUGAUGAAGAAGCAUGGGCCAAGGAGAAGUAUUGUAGUUUCGUGUUUAGAUCAACCUAUUUCCAUGCCAAAUCAGGUCUCGGGAUAUGACGCUGUAAUGAAGUUUUAUUCGUCUAUCAACGAGAAGAAUCAAGAUCAACUAAGAAGUUGCAUCUCCAAUGAUUGCUUUGUUGAUGAUUUUUCCUUCUCUAAACCGUUUCAUGGGAAAAAGGAAGCCAUGAAGUUCUUUGAAGAACUGGUGAACAGUAUGGGACAAAACGUAAAGUUUUGUGUUGAAAAUGUUUGUGAAGGAGAUGGAUAUACUGCUGCUGUUAAUUGGCACAUGGGUACGUAUUUAUAUAUACGUUUAUAUAUAUACUUUCAAAAUUUGUUUUCUAUUGCUGUAAUAAAAGAAUGGAAAGGACGUAAAAUUCCAUUUACGAGAGGAUGUAGCUUCUAUGAAUUUACAGACGAAGGAGGAAUACUGGUUAUAAGAAACGCGAAGAUUCUAAUUGAAUCGCCAAUUAAACCAGGAGGAAUUGCAUUGACUUUGCUAAAGAACAUAACGUUCUUGUUCGACGAGUUCCCACAAGUUGCUGACUGGUUUUUGGGGAAGCCUUAUGAGAUAAUCCAAUUUACAUUAAGAAUCUAUGGUCUGUUUUUCGCGCCCCUCAUUGGCCAUGUAAUGGCAAGCUAUCUGAAGCUAUUGAACAAUAUGACCGAGUUCUUCUUACUGAUUUUGAAUAUUAUCAUCAAAACUCAAAGUCUGUUCUUUAAAUGGAAGAAAUAGGGUUGAGUGGUUUCUUUUUACAUUAGUGUGCAUUAUAUAUUGAAUAAACUAAUGAACAAAAUUUCAAUCUAUUCCAAAAUAUUUUCUCAUGUUCUAAGUCUCCAUCCUCCUUUUAACUUUGCCGAGUUGCAAACCAGAACUUCAUCCCUCCUUCAAAAUUUUUAUCUCUCUUCUUCUAAAUAAUGAUUACCUUUUAAAAAAAAAAUUAUGAUCAACUUAUUCCUCACAGUUUUAUCUAUUAUCUUUAUCAAAAGAUCUAUCUAUCAAUGAGUGGUUGAGCUCUUUGGCGUCAAGGCAUCAAACAUUUAUGGCUGAUGGUGUUUUUUCCAGGGGGAUUUUAGAGACCUGAAAGAUUGUUUAAGAAAUUUUAUACAAAAAUCAUAAUUCGGAGUUUUUAUUUAUGUAAAAUUUCUCCAAAUUUUUGGGAAUCUACACCAAUGUUUCAUCCAGCUGUCCCCAUAUUCGGUCGUAGAUGUUUCAUGGGCAUGGGGAUGAUGCUACUGAAGUAGAAGAUGCAACUAAAGUAGAAAACGACAUAAUUGAACACUCGUGAAUGACUGCUGAAUGGAGUAAGAAUGGGCUGUACGAUAACCUCGAAAUGUGUUUAAUGAUUUGCUAAUUCAUAUUCACGACUGGGCUACUGACACGUUCUGAUCAAAUGGGCUGUUGUGGGCUUGAGCCCUCUGAACAAGUCAAGCGACUUUCAUUCUAUAAGUGAGCGAGUAUAAGCCUUUUAAGUCAUCCCACAUCGAUUGUUUAGAGAGACAUGUGAUAAUGAGUGGGGCUAUAAAAGAAGAAGAAAUGCUUCACUUCUUAAAUAUGAUCCUUCAGGUUUAAAGGGGAAGUGAGGAUUGGGUUAAUUCUCGCGUAAAUGCGUGAAGAGCGUUCCGCUCAAACCUUUUUACGACAAUUGGGCGCUCCAAUUUUCUUAUCAUCUGAUCCCUC